AAAGAGAAGGGAAGGGGAAGAAGGGGUUCUCCUCCUCCUCCUCCUCCUCCUCCUCGGCUGGAGAGGGAAGGGCAUCGGCGCCAGGGACCGGGGCUGCCCGCCCUCCGGCCAGGGAUGGUGCCUGGGCAGCAGGCAAGCAUGGCCUCCCCUUGGCAUCCCCCCCUUUGCCCGGUGCCAAGGAUGCAGAUUCUGCUGCUCUGGAGCUUGGUUCUGAUUCGGCCUGGUGAAGGAUCCCAGCGUAGCGAGCCCAUGUUCACAGCAGUCACAGACCAUAUCCUUCCCCCGGACUAUGACAGCAACCCAACCCAGCUCAAUUAUGGUGUCGCGGUUACUGAUGUGGACCAGGAUGGAGACUUCGAAAUUGUUGUGGCUGGGUACAAUGGUCCCAAUCUGGUGCUGAAGUAUGACAAAGCACGGGGGCGGCUGGUGAAUCUUGCAGUGAAUGAACAUAGCUCCCCAUAUUACGCACUGCGGGAUCGCCAAGGCAAUGCAAUUGGUGUCACAGCCUGUGACAUUGAUGGAGAUGGACGGGAGGAGAUCUACUUCCUCAAUACCAACAAUGCCUUUUCUGGUAUAGCCACCUAUACAGAUAAAUUGUUCAAGUUUCGCAAUGGGCACUGGGAGGACAUCUUGAGUGAUGAGGUGAAUCGAGGUGUGGCAAGCCGUUUUGCUGGGCGCUCAGUAGCAUGUGUGGAUAGGACGGGCUCUGGCCGCUAUGCCAUCUACAUAGCUAACUAUGCCAAUGGGAGAGUUGGCCCUCAUGCCCUCAUUGAGAUGGAUAUAGCUGCCAGUGAUCCAGAGCGUGGUAUUGUGGCCCUGAAUGAUGUAGCUGCAGAGGCUGGAGUCAACAAAUUCACAGGGGGCCGGGGUGUGGCUGUUGGGCCUAUUCUUAAUGAAGCUGCCUCUGACAUCUUUUGUGACAAUGAGAAUGGAGCCAACUUCCUUUUCCAGAACCAGGGUGAUGGUACCUUCAUAGAUGUAGCACCCAGCACUGGCUUGGAUGAUUCCUACCAGCAUGGUCGUGGUGUUGCAUUGGCUGACUUCAACCGUGAUGGCAAAGUUGACCUAAUCUAUGGCAACUGGAAUGGACCACACCGGCUCUAUCUGCAGAUGAGUGCAGGUGGGCGCGUCCGCUUCCGGGACAUUGCCACGCCCAAACUGUCCAUGCCAUCACCUGUCCGCACCGUCAUCGCUGCUGACUUUGACAAUGACCAGGAGUUGGAGGUCUUCUUCAACAACAUCGCCUAUCGUGGCUCGUCCGCCAACCGCCUCUUCCGGGUCACCCGCCGGGAACAUGCUGACCCAGCCAUUGAGGAAUUGAACCCUGGUGAUGCUGUAGAACCGGAAGGGCGUGGGACAGGAGGGACUGUGGUGGAUUUUGAUGGUGAUGGCAGGCUGGACCUGAUCUUGUCACAUGGCGAGUCCAUGGCACAGCCACUCUCCGUCUUCAAAGUCAAUGAGGGUGCUGACAACAACUGGCUGCGGGUGAUCCCACGCACACGCUUUGGGGCAUUUGCUCGUGGUGCUAAAGUAGUGCUCUUCACACGGCAGAGUGGUGCCCAUCUCCGCAUCAUUGAUGGAGGAUCUGGGUAUUUGUGUGAGAUGGAGCCUGUUGCCCAUUUUGGCCUAGGACAGGAUGAGCCCAGCAGCUUGGAGGUGGUCUGGCCAGAUGGCAAGUUUUUCACUCGCACUGUAGCAAGCACCGAGAUGAAUUCUGUGCUGGAAAUCCCCUAUCCUCAGGACACUCCAGAGUCUCCCCCUGUAAUACCUCCUCUUGAGUGUGGCCAAGGAUUCUCUCAGCACGAGAACGGGAGGUGUGUUGAUAUGGAUGAGUGUGCAGAAUUUCCCUUUGUCUGUCCAAGGGGCAGGCCCGUCUGUGUCAACACAUAUGGCGGAUACCGUUGCCGCAGCAACAAGCGCUGCAACCGGGGCUUUGAGCCCAAUGAAGAUGGCACAGCUUGUGUUGACAUAGAUGAAUGUGCCUCAGGUUUGCACAACUGCAGUCAAAUCUGUGUGAACACUCAAGGUGGGCAUUCCUGCCAGUGCCACCCUGGAUUCAAGGUGAAUACCCGUGAUGCCAACAAAUGUCUGGAUGUGGAUGAGUGCAGGAAGAAGCCAGCCCCAUGUGAUCAUAUCUGCCACAAUGAACAAGGCUCUUUCCAUUGCCACUGCCAGCAAGGCUUCUUCUUAGGUCCAGAUAGAAAACGCUGUUUGCAAGGCUGAUCAGUGGCCAUAAUCAUGGUCCAUAGUGGGUGCUACCCUCUCUGGAAUGCAUAGCAUAUACUGGCUCAUAUAUGGCCAGCAGACAGUGACCAUUUGCUGCAUGGCACUGGUUAUUGUUUCCACUCCCUAGUUCAAGGCUCUUGUUACAUUUCCUCCUAGCUAGUAUACCAUGGUCUUUCUGGAGAACUGAGGUCCCUUCUCCUUGCUUUAUACCCCAAUUCCAAAAUAAAGCUGACUUGUGUUCAUUCCA